AUGGUGGAAGUAAAAUUCUUUAAGAUACUUGGUUUUGUAUUAUUAACUUGUAUAUCAUUGGCAACAUUAAUUAUAUGCAUAAUUAUUUUAAAUAAUCAAAAUAAUGAUAAAAAUAGUAAUACUUCACCUCCUGUAAUUAAUUCAAAUUCUUCCACAACAACAAAAACAAUAAUAAGUACUACAGUUUCACCAUCUUAUAAUAAUCCAGUUUCAAAUAAAUCAGGAUUUGCUGAUGCGGGAAAAUUUUUAUUACAGGGUAUUGAUACUUCAGUUAAUCCAUGUGAAGAUUUUUAUCAAUUUAGUUGUGGAACAUAUUUAAAAAAAAUACAAAUUCCAGAGGGUAGAAGUAGAAUUGGAACAUAUGAUGAAGCACAAAGAAAAGUUAAUAAUUUUAUUGCUCAAAAUAUUAAAAAUCUUAAACAAAAAAAAAAUCCUCUUAUUGCUGAACAAAUUACAGCUCAUGCAUAUGAAUCAUGUAUGUUAAGUGCAAGUAAAAAUCCAACAGAUAAAAGUAAUCAAAUAUUAAAUUUAAUAACAUCAUCAGGAUUAGGUGGUGUACCAUUUUUAAAUAAAAAUUAUCAAUCACCAUCUAAAACAAAUUUAUGGAAAAGUAUUGGAUAUUUUGAGGGAACUCUUGGUAUUCCAACACUUUUUCAGUCAAUGGUUACAGUUGAUUAUAAAAAAAAUUCAUCUAAUGCUUUAUAUUUAAAUCAAUUACCAUUAAUGUUACCAAGAGAUUUUUAUAUUGGAAAACAAUAUAUUUCACAGAUGAAUGAUUAUGUUAAUGAUUUAACUGAAUUAGCUAUUAAUUUUAAUAAUGAUACAAAAUCAGGAGCUAGUGUAGAAGAUAUUAAAAAUGGUGUAAUAGAUGCUGUAAAAUUUGAAGUAUUAUUAGCUAUAGCUUCUGUUCCUGAUUCAGAAUUAAGAAAUUAUAUUCAACAAUAUUAUGAAUAUAGUUUAAAUGAUUUAUCAUCAAAUUAUAAUGGAAUUGAUUGGUCAUCAUACUUUUUAAAUCUUUUUAAAGAUACUAUUAAUGUUACUGGAAAUUUUCCAUUAAAAGAUGAUCGUUAUAUUGUUUCAAUGCCAUCAUAUUUUGGUGCUGUUAAUACAUUAUUUAGUACAAAUAAUAUUGAUUUUAAAGCUGUUGCUAAUUUUAUUUCAUUAAGAGUUAUUCAAGAAACAAGUGAUUUUAUUUCAAUUAAUUCACAAAAAAUUGCUAAUCGUAUAAAAGAAAAAUAUAGUAUUAAUAUUAAAAAAAAUCGUUAUAUACCAAUUCUUGAUGAAGAUGAUACAAAUUCACAAAAUUGUAUUAAUACUCUUAUGACAUAUAUACCAUAUUCUACAGGAUAUUUAUAUGUAUGGUAUAUUAAUAAUAGAGAAGAUAUAACUAGUGAUAUUAGAAUUCAGACAACUCUUGUUGUUGAAAAUUUUAUUGGUAUGAUGGAAACAUUACCAUGGAUGUCAAAUUAUUCUUUAAACAAUGCUAAACUUAAAAAAGAUAAUUUAAUUAAAAAUGUUGGAUGGCCAGAAUGGUAUAAUGAAACACAAAAAGUAGAAGAUUAUCAUAAAUAUUAUCAAAAUAUAUUAAAUAUGGAUGUUAAUAAUUAUUUUGAUAUUUAUCUUGAAAUGAUUAGAAUUUUCCAAGUUGUUGAAAAUUUUAAUUUAUUAAAUUUAAAAACUGAUAGACAUAAUUUCCAAGCAUCACCAGCUACUGUUAAUGCAUGGUACAGUCCAUGGUUAAAUUCAAUUACUUUUCCAAUGGCUGUAUUUAAUCCACCUUAUUAUAGUUAUGAUUGGCCACAAGCUUUUAACUAUGCUGGACAAGGUGGAACUGCUGGACAUGAAUUAACACAUGGAUAUGAUGAUGAAGGUGUUCAAUUUGGACCAUAUGGUAGUUUAUCUGAUUGUAGAUGGAAUUAUUGUGGAUGGAUGGAUGACAAUUCAACUUUAGGAUUUAAUGAUAUGGCACAAUGUGUUGUUUCACAAUUUAGUGAAAAAUGUUGUCCAUUAAAAACAGGAAAUGUUCAUUGUGCUAAUGGACAAACAACACAAGGAGAAAAUAUUGCUGAUUUAGGUGGUCAACAAGCUGCUUAUAAAGCUUACAGACAAUGGAUUAAAGAAUAUAAUAAUGGUAAAGAGGAGGAACGUUUACCUGGUCUUGAAAAUUAUACACCAAAUCAAAUAUUUUGGUUAACUUAUGGUUAUUCAUGGUGUAUGAAACAAGAAACUAGUAAUUUAGUUAAUCAAAUGUUAACAAAUCCACAUGCACCUGGUAUGUGUAGAGUUAAUCAAGUAUUCCAAGAUAUUCCAGAUUUUGGAAAAGAUUGGAAUUGUCCUAUAGGAAGUAAUUUAUAUCCAAAACCAGAAGGUAGAUGUAAAGUUUGGACAGGAAUAUAA